UAUGUUUAUUUUUUAUAUGCGUAACACCACAGUAUCAAAUGCGCAGUGUGGAUGGAGCGUAGGCUAUAACAUGUCCCUGACUCGGAUCGAUUUUGCAUCGGACUCGCUCUGAUCGUUUACUUUAAGGAAUACGUGUCUACUGAAAUAUCAGUAAUUUAUGGAGCACAAAUCACAAAUACAGCUUGAUUAUUCCGAGUGUCUUUCUUCCACCGGCUGUCACUGACUCCAGACUUUGCUAGGCGGGCAGAGGUUCGUCCUGACCGGUUUCUGGAAGGACUGACCCACGUUAUUGGGAAGGGAUGGGUGUGGGAUCAUGUGCGUCACCCAGCUGAGUCUCGCAGAGCGUGAGCAUGUACAGAAGGAACGGACUGACGGCCAACGUCGCGGUCACCUCCGCCACCUCAGAGGGCAGCAGCAGCUCCGAGUCCCUGGACAGGCCGAGCGCAGACUACGCCAAAAGCUACGAUGCCGUGGUGUUCGACGUGCUGAAGGUGACGCCGGAGGAGUUCGCUAGCCAGAUCACUCUGAUGGAUGCCCCUGUUUUCAGAGCAAUCCAACCAGAGGAGCUGGCCAGCUGUGGGUGGAACAAGAAGGAGAAGCACAUCCUGGCACCCAAUGUGGUGGCUUUCACUCACCGGUUCAACCAGGUCAGCUUUUGGCUGGUGAGGGAGGUGCUGACCGCCCAGACCCUGAAGAUCCGGGCCGAGAUCCUCAGUCACUUUGUCAAAAUCGCCAAGAAACUUCUGGAACUGAACAACCUCCACGCACUGGUGUCUGUGGUCUCCGCCCUGCACAGCGCCCCCAUCUUCAGACUCAGCAAGACCUGGGCGCUAAUCAGCCGGAAGGACAAGGCCACGCUGGAGAAGCUGGACUACCUAACGUCUAAAGAGGAGAACUACACACGCAUGAGAGAGUACAUCCAGUCUCUGGGGAUGGUGCCCUGCAUCCCCUACCUGGGUAUUUACCUGUUUGACAUGACCUACAUCGACUCAGCCUAUCCGGCUUCCGACAGUAUCAUCGAGACGGAGCAGAGGACCAAUCAGAUGAACAACCUCCUCAGGAUCAUCUCCGACCUGCAGGUGUCCUGCAACUACGAGCACCUGGUGACGCUGCCACACGUGCAGAAGUACCUGAUGUCCGUGCACUACAUCGAGGAGCUGCAGAAGUUUGUGGAGGACGACAACUACAAGCUUUCCCUGAGGAUUGAACCUGGAAAUGGCCUGACCUCCUCUAAGGAAGACCUUGCAGGACCCUCUGAAGUGUCCUUCUCAGACAGGUACAGCCGUCGCCCGACCUGUCCUGACACCUCCACGUGCCACCACCUGCCGACCCCGCCCCCGUCCCGCCACAGGAAGAGCCACAGCCUGGGAAGCAAUAUGAUGUGUAUGUUCAGCUUGGUGGAGAGCAAGAGUGCCACCUUCCCUAUAGACAAACCACGCCACCUGCUGGAUGACAGCUUCUUGGAGUCUCAUAGCCCAUCCUGGAACCCGUCGCACAGCUCUGAAUACACCAAUGGCCUUUCGCUAGGCAGCAGUCAGAGUUCAGUCAGCGAGGACCUCUUCAUCAGAGUGGAAAGGAGCCGUCUGUACGCCACGCUGGGGCCCAACUGGAAGGUACCGGUCCGGAACUCCCCCAGGAGCCGCAGUCACCUCCACAGCCCCCCAGGAUUUGAUCCUGUCCUGCCAGAUAGUGGGGUGGGCGGGGCCAUCAUGGAGGGCCCACUGCGCAGGAAGACCGUGCUGAAGGGAGGCAGGAAGCCUACGUUCUCUUCCUGGACCCGGUUCUGGAUCAUUCUCGCUGGCACAACACUGACAUUCUACAGCUCCAAAGCUCUGAGGGCCUCAGAGAGGAAGCAUUACAAAUCCUCGCCGUGUAAGACGGUUUCCCUGGCCGGCUGGAUGGUGGUGUUACCGGACGACCCGCUGCGGCCGGACGUUUUCCAGCUGAGCGAUCCCGAGAAAGGCAACGUUUACAAGUUCCAGACGGGAUCCCGGUUCUCAGCGAUAAUCUGGCACAGGAGCCUGAACGAGGCGUGUCGGAGCUGUCGGCCUCAGAUACCCACCAACCUGAUGUCAUUUGAGUAGACAUUCACCCCAGACCGGACAGCCAGCCCAGCGCUGUAUAUAGUGCCAAACCCAUUCGCUCAGGAGGAGGAGGAGGAGGAGGAGGAGGAGGAGGAGAUUGCAGAGUUCGCUGCCUGUUCUGCUGCUGCUGUUCAGGAAGGCCUUUUGACACCCAUCUCAAACUGCGAGGGGGUGUAGGGGGAGGUGAGAAAGGACCGACGAAUCGAAACGCAGCGGGACGACCGCUAAGCGGUGCGGUUGGAAGCUGACACACACACACACACACACACACACACACACACACACACACACACGUACACACACACACACACACACACACGUACACACACACACACACACCCACACACACACCCACACACGUACACACACACACUCACGCACACAGGCUUCCUGUAAUUCUGCAGAGGGGCGGUUUUUUGAGACCUCCAGCACAGAGGUCUUACUCACAAAGAAAACUCCCGCGAUGGACAGAGCGCUCCCGCGCAUAACGCUCAAUGCUCCAGACCCAUUUCAGUGCAGAGAUCAGCUCCAGUGCCACGAACGCAAGGGGAGGGGGGAAACCGACGCAUCUAAAUAUCGCUUAGGACAGAUAACGAUGUCCUGCAACAGCGGUGCGAAACUCCGGUCCUGGAGGGCCGCAGGGACCGCUUUUGUGUUUCUUUGUGCGCGGUUCAGCCAGACGGCGACUUAAAUUCAUUCAAUUUUACCAUUUACGUGCUCAAAAACACACCAAAAAAGAGGACACAUUGUGGCCCUCCGGGGCUGAAGGCUGAUUCUCCUGUCAUACAUAGUAGCUGCUUGUCUUCCAUUGUAAUUAUUUCCUUUGUAUUGAUUGAAACAUUCAGUGUGUGUACUGUUUAGAAGAUCCUCAUGAAUUGUGCCCAUCUCUUUGUAUUUAUGUUAUUUGGAGCUAACUGGUUCGAUAUUGACAUUUGCGUAACCUCCUUUAGUUCUGACGUCUGCAAAUGUCAUGUCGUGUUGGUUGGAAAUUGUUGCUAAGAUAUAAAAAUACUGCAUUUUACACAGUUGAAAACGAACUUAUUUCAGGUUUGGUUGACCCUUGUAAUCUUGCUUGUAUGAAGAAUAAGGAUCAACUUAGCUGUGUCACAAUAAACAGGUUGAAUUGCAUUAGAACAUGUAAAGGCCAUCGUUUUGUGAUGUGUAAGUGUUGUGAAAAGUUUAUUGUAUCAUUUUUUAUUUCAGUCACUUGAAAGCUAUAUUUCUAUAAGCUAUAUAAGAGUUGAAAUCUUAGGGUUUUUUUUUCAUUUGCUGGUCUCUCUAAAAAGGAUACAUUUUUAUUUAUAUUUUUCUUCUUGGACCCAUUUUUGCAAACUAAUUCCACCAUGCUUGUCUGUAGUGACGACUAAUUGUGAUACAGCUUUGGCCGCUCCAGGAAUCGCUCCAUUUGCUUUGUAAUGCAGUCUGCUGGGGCCAUGCCAGUGAGUCUCAUCAGUCAAAUUUCUUCUAAACUUAGCCAGUGACUCACAGGUUCAAACUGGUCAGACGGCCCUUUGCCUGACUGGUGAGAGCUUUCGAUGAGAGCUUUGAGCUUUCACAGAGCCGGUUCCAUCCCCCGCCCUGGGCGUGUCAGAGUGUCCCUGAGCAAGACACCUAACUCCCAAUUUCUCUGGUGAAUGAGAGGCAUCAGUUGUAAAGUGCUUUGGAUAAAAGCGCUGUAUAAAUGCAGUCCAUUUGCCAUUGACGGUUCCUACCAGUGACUGACAGCACUCCGUCUCCAGCCAUUACGGAGUGCUGGGGCGCUCAGUUUCCCCAUCACAAGUUCUUCAGACUCAUCAGAUGCGUCACUUCAGCAUUCCUUCUGUCCUCUCUGCUUCUUAAGCACAGGGGUCUAUGGUCACAGGAGCUUCCAGUAUUAUGAUACAGUAUAAUGCAGAACACCCAUUGGACACGGUCGCUCCGUUUCAGAUCGAGAUAUGAUUGAGCUAGUUAAAUAAUAAAGAGCAAAGUUAAUAAUUAUUUAAAUAGCUCAAUCAUAUCUUGAUCUGACAUUCUUAUAAGCACCAGCUACAGCUGCAGACUGCAAGUGUAUCCUAAAGAUUGUACUGUGUUCCAGCACAGGAGUGAACCAGCAUGGGUUGCAGUCAGAGCUGUCAGAAAACUUAAACUAAGGUAACUGGUUGGAACAAAAACAGCUUGGGGACUGGUCCUUCAGGGCUGAAUUAUGGCUUACAGUAUUUUCAGAAGAUGUCAGACUGGAAUGUUUUGGCUUCAGCAACAGGAAGAAAUAACUUUCAGUGUUAAGAGUACAGGCAUGAGUAUCUGGUGUGUCUGAAGAAUGUGCCCUUCCCCAGCACUUUGAAACUUAAAGGUGAGCCACCUAUGAAAGGAAUCACCAGGAAAAAUUCCAGGCUGAAACAUUUUCCCAUUUGCUUAUUUAUGAUGUAAAAUGCAUCCUGGGUCCUCGGUGUAGUUUUCCACAGCUAAAGUCAAGUUCUGUAGACGACGUGAUGUCACGUGGUAAUAUUGCCCCCGCAGACACAGCGCAGUUUAAAAGCAUCCUGUGCAGGAUUUUGUUGCUUUGCUGUGGUCCUGUGUUUACAAUCAAACAAAUCUCCUCCUUUGUCUUCAACCUCUCCCACUCACCCUGAUUACCCCCACCUAACGUAGGCAGCUGGAUAGCUAGAGGUAACGUUAGCACCGUGAACUAAGUGACAGUAAGAUGGCAGAUGCGAUGAUAGCUUUAUUCAUUCCAUUAUUCUGAACGUAAUAGUGGUUCUUCAACUUGUUAUAGCACCACUAGCAUCACUGUUCAGCUCCUUAGGGGUUUUUGCCUUGAAUCCCCACUAGUCAACUUUCUGCAAUACUCCUACUGAGAGAAAUCAAUCAUUUACCAAGUGGACAUGCAGAGUUUCGCUGUGAUAGUAGCAUCAAUAGUCCAAAAUACAACAGUGUGGCUUUGCGGGGAUGCAUUACUUUUAGCCUUUUGGCUAGUAACUGCUAGCAAGCUAUCCAGGCAUGGCCUCUUUUGAAGGGGGAGCAAGAGCACAGAACUGUAUCCGUUAUUAUACAUUUCUGGGAGAUGGAGCAUUAUUUGUUCAAACCAGAGUUUACCGAGGAGCAGAUGAGUGAGAAAGACAAGCCAGGGGACAAUGGCGGAUGGCAAAAGUUGUUCUGGGUAACGUAGGAAAAUAACGCACUUGAAUCAAAUCUGGAAGAAGCCUGACAGGAUAGCAAGUGAAAAAUUGUGAAUAAUGAUGAAGAAAAAUAUAUUACACAUACCAGAUAGUAAGCCCUGGAAUGAACUGCACAUCACUGCUACACGUUUAUUAACGAUGCAAGUGUUCUGGCCUGGAGUAUUUUUAUUACGUGUUCAUUUAAAAAACGUCGUCAUAUUACAGCUUCACAUAUCAUAGCUUUAUGUCUGUAAGUGGUAUAUGUAUUGUUGCUUAUACCAGUGUGAAUAAUGUUUUAUUAUUUUUAUUUUUUUAUCUGAACACUGGUGCAUUUCUGAACGUAGUACUCUUGUAGAUGAUGUAGACAUUUAAUUUAUUUGAUAUUUUUAUUUUUGCACAAAAUGUCAUAUUGCCUCUAUGUACUACUAUAUAUGGCAAUCACAUUUUUUUAAAGCUUGUGAAAGAUAUUCUGUGCUACUGUAUUAGACAGUAUCAGAGUAUUUGUAUUUUGAAUGAAGGAUGUAGAAAUGUAAAUUAGUGCCAAACUGUUCUACUAAAUUUAGGACAUUUACUUUGGAUUUUGGUAUUUAUAUUUAGGAUACCCAUAAGGCUAAGUUUAGUUUUUUUUUUUUUGGCUGUGUUUUUCCAUGGGUGAGGUAUGCCAAGCUAAAUAGUUUUCCAGGACAUUGUACAUUUGCUACUACUGUUGAAAUUGAUAACCAAACCCCUACCCCUGUCCAUUAAUUAGCUAUUAUGUAAUUACAAUCAAUUGAUUCAAUUGAAUUGAAUCAAUCAAAGAAAUUGAAUAUGAAUCAAUUGAUUCAUUUACAUUUAGCCAGGUUAUUUGUGUAUGAAAGGAUACAGUCCCAGUGGAGUACCAUAUGGGUUGCUCAAGAAUACCAGCAUGACAGAAACUACUCGGAACGCACCUGAGCAUCGUAACAAAGUGAGCAAUGGAGUACUUCUCAGCACCACAGAGUGCAUGUGGCUUGCAGCAGGGGUGUAUAACAAGGGCCCGUUCAUUUUGGAUUUCAUGGCAACCUCCGUUUAGUUAAGGUAAUUACACAGUCAGUAAUUUGAUCUGUCAUUUUUGAUAAAGCCAUUAGCCACAGCUGCAGACUGGACUAUUGUCUCACUGGUGAAAACUGCUGAUGAGAACCAAUUCCGAAAAGAUUUUUAUCCUCAAAUCAGAGGAUUAAGAGAAUCGGUAAUUAAAUUAAAAUAAGGAAGAUCUAUGGGCCUGUGCAGUAAUUUCCUGUUGAAGUUGUAGAUUAGUAACUUCUCAUUUCCACCUUGUUUGUCAGAUUGGGUGAUUGCUGGCUUGUGUUUGACAAUCUGUCAGUAUUUGAUCUUUGAGGGGGAAAAAUGAAUUUCAUAUCCUGUUUUUGGAAUCGGAAUUGGCAGAAAUGGUUUUUGGAAUAACCUCCUGGAAUCAUCACACAACAAAUCCCAAAAUUUGAAUGGUCAGAAAUCACUCUGCACGUUUCUGGAAUCAAAGUGAAAAUGUUUUGCUUUGGUUGAAUAGAUUGUAAGAUGGGACAGUUAUUUGACGUAGACAGUCAGAGUAAUUAAGGCAGAAUGAUUGGUUGGAACAGUAGCUCGCACUGGCCUUACAUUGCGCCCCUGGGUUAUUUCAUGCUGAAAUAAAGCAUAUCCAGAAACAAAGGGAGACUAGUAAGAAAAAACUGUGUUGGAGUACAGCAACACAUGCGAAUAAAUCAAUCAAUCAAUCAUGAGUUUGAAGCAAGUACUACUAUAAGCUUUUAUUCUUUUCUGUAGGAUUUUGUUACCUUGGAACUGUUAAUAAUUUGCUCUAUUUUUAAUUGUGCAUUGACAAGUUUUUGCAAAUAAAAACACGUUUAUAUACA